AUGUCCUUUCUUGCACUUUCUCGGUCGUCCAUUCGGCAAGCAUUCUCUCCGUGUCUUGCACGCGGCUAUGCCGCAAAGAGCUCGAAUACUGAACGGGUACUGAACGUAAGUGCAAAAGACACGUCGGCUGCUGAAGAAAAGACACUUUCGUCAUGUCCACCAGGUACAAUCCUGGAAGGAUUGAAUUAUCUAAAAGGACAGCCUCCAGUAAUAGCUCUACCUGAUGACGAGUAUCCUCCGUGGCUAUGGGACCUUAUGAAGCCGAAAGUAUAUGAAGAUGACGGGCCUGGGGGCAAGGCAGAGAAGAAACGGCUCAGAAGAGAGAAUCAACAACGUAUCAAGGACCAGAACUUCAUGAAGACACAGUAG